UCCCGGGGGCCCCGCGCUGGCGGGCAGCCGCUGCCCGCAGGGCUCCGGGGGCGGAGAGAGGGGCCGAACUGGCCCCACCCAGCAGCGAGCGCAGGCCCCGCGAAGCAGCCCCGCAGCCCUUCGCCCUCAGCGCCGUCCGGCCGGGACAGGGGCGCCAGGCCUGUCUCAGCUAUGAGGAGCAGCAGUGCCCGGGCAUGGCAGGAGUUGCUGGCCCUGCUCUGCAGCGUCUGGCUCUGGGUGGGUGCUGCCCAGCGCACCGGGCCCACGCCCACAGCGCAGAGCCAGGGCCCCAAGCUGAAGUUCCGCCUGGCUGGGUACCCCCGCAAGCACAACGAGGGGCGCAUUGAGGUCUUCUACAAUGAGGAGUGGGGCACCAUCUGCGACGAUGACUUCACGCUGGCCAACGCCCACGUGCUGUGCCGCCACCUUGGCUUCGUGGCCGCCACUGGCUGGGCCCACAGUGCCAAAUAUGGCAAAGGCAUUGGGCGGGUCUGGCUGGACAACGUGAACUGCGGGGGCAGCGAGAAGAGCAUCGCGGACUGCAGGUCACGGGGCUGGGGGAACAGUGACUGCAGCCACGAGGAGGACGCGGGCGUGAUCUGCAAGGACGAGCGCAUCCUGGGCUACGUGGACUCCAACAUCAUCGAGGCCGAGCAGAACCAGGUGGAGGAGCUCAGGCUGCGGCCUGUGGUCUCGGGCGCCAGGAAGCGGCUGCCGGUGACAGAGGGCGUGGUGGAGGUGCGCUACAAGGAGGGCUGGGCGCAGAUCUGCGACAAGGGCUGGAACCACAAGAACAGCCGCGUGGUCUGCGGGAUGAUGGGCUUCCCAGCUGAGAAGAAGGUCAACAGGAACUUCUACAAGCUGGUCUCCAAAGCUCACCCCAAACACAAGCACAGGUUGUACCUGGAACGGCAGCAGCUCAGCUACCGGCUUCACUCGGUGGCCUGCACGGGGAAUGAGGUACACAUCUCCAUGUGCCCCUUUGAAUUCUACAAGGGCAAUGCCACUGCAGCUUGCAAAGGUGGGAUGCCUGCGGUGGUGAGCUGCAUGCCAGGGCCCCUCUUCACCACUGGCAGUGCCCCAAAGAAGAAGCAGCAGCGGCAGGGCCAGCAGCGCGUCCGGCUGAAGGGCGGAGCCAAGGCCGGGGAAGGCCGGGUAGAGGUGCUGAAGAACAGCGAGUGGGGCACUGUCUGCGAUGACCGCUGGAACCUGCUGACGGCCAGCGUGGUGUGCCGUGAGCUGGGGUUCGGCAGUGCCAAGGAGGCUCUGACAGGAGCACGCAUGGGCCAAGGGAUGGGUCCCAUCCACAUGAACGAGGUGCAGUGCGCAGGCUUGGAGAAGUCGCUGUGGAGCUGCCCUUAUAAGAACAUCACGGCAGAGGACUGCAAGCACUCCGAGGACGCCGGGGUCCGCUGCAACAUCCCCUACAUGGGCUAUGAGACCACGAUUCGCCUGAGCGGGGGCCGGAGCCGCUUCGAGGGGCGGGUUGAGGUGGCGCUGGGCACUGAGAGCAAUGGGCGCCCCGCCUGGGGCCUGAUCUGUGGCGAUGGCUGGGGAACCCUGGAGGCCAUGGUGGCUUGUCGCCAGCUGGGUCUGGGAUUCGCUAACCAUGGCUUACAAAUCCGCAUAGUAGGAGGAAGGACCCCAACCGAGGGCCGCGUGGAGGUGAAGCGAGGCAGUAAGUGGGGAACGGUCUGCAGUGAGGGCUGGACCACCAAGGAAGCCAUGGUGGCAUGUCGCCAGCUCGGUCUGGGCUACUCCUUGCAUGCAGUGACGGAGACAUGGUACUGGGAUGCCAGCAAUGUGACAGAGAUGGUGCUGAGCGGCGUGAGGUGUGCUGGCCACGAGAUGGCGCUGAGCCACUGCCAGCACCACGGCAACAGCCUCAACUGCAAGAAGAUGGGCACCCACUUCGCCGCCGGGGUCAUCUGCUCCGAGACUGCCUCGGACCUGCUGCUGCAUGCCCCGCUGGUCCAGGAGACGGCCUACAUUGAGGACCGGCCCCUGCACAUGCUGUACUGUGCAGCAGAGGAGAACUGCCUCUCCAGCACCGCCCGCAAUGCCAACUGGCCCUAUGGGCACCGUCGAUUGCUGCGCUUCUCCUCCCAGAUCCACAACAAUGGCCGCGCCGACUUCCGCCCCAAGGCCGGGCGCCACUCCUGGGUCUGGCAUGAAUGCCAUAGGCACUAUCACAGCAUGGACAUCUUCACCCACUACGACCUCCUGACCUCCAACGGCAGCAAGGUGGCUGAGGGCCACAAGGCCAGCUUCUGCCUGGAGGACACAGAGUGCCAGGAAGAUGUGGCCAAGAGGUAUGAAUGUGCUAACUUCGGAGAGCAGGGCAUCACCGUGGGCUGCUGGGACCUGUACAGGCACGACAUCGACUGCCAGUGGAUCGACAUCACCGAUGUCCGGCCCGGCAACUACAUCCUGCAGGUGGUGAUUAACCCCAACUACGAGGUGGCCGAGAGCGACUUCACCAACAACGCCAUGAAGUGCAACUGCAAAUAUGACGGGCAUCGCAUCUGGGUGCACAACUGCCACAUCGGUGACGCCUUCAGCGAAGAGGCCAACAAGCGGUUUGAACAGUACCCAGGACAGCUCAACAACCAGAUUGUAUAGUGACCCGCUAUCCCCUCCCAUGCCCCCCGGAGAUGGCCAUCUCCCCCCACUGCUCCCCCACAUGGCCAGGUGCUCCGAGGAGGAAGCAGUUUGUCCUGGGCUGGCAGUGUCACGUCCCCGGCUGGCUUGCGGAGCUCCGCGGUGCGAGAAUCUGUGCCCAGAAGCAGCUGCUCCAUGCCAGGUGCAGCCUCUAGCCCGGCCUGGCUGUGGACUCCUCGGCUGUCUCUGAAUCUCGGGCAGGAUUUUCGUGGGCUGAGGUGGCCACCACGUUCUUGUCUGGCCGUGCAGGGCCUGACUGGAGGUAGGCUCUGGGCACUGAGCCCCAUGGCACCCAGCCCUGCUCAGGGAGAACUGUGGACUUCUACCACGGGCAGUACAGGCGCUUCCCCACCUCCUUGGGGGGCUGAGGUGCAGCAUGACACCAAGUAGGGCAGGGUUAGAGCCUGGGCCAAGUCUGGCAGCUUCCUCUCCCUGGGAGGGUUGGAGAGGUAUGUGGAUGGCCAUCUGCUGCCUCCAGCUCUUGCCCCCUAUCGUCUCCUCCCACCACUGCCACACUCAUCCUGCCCCUCCGCCCCAUUGGCCUUGACCAGCCCCCACCAGUUCCCAGCCGUUCUCCUGCCCAGCAGCCACAGGAACCUCAUGGAGGAGCUAGCAACGGCUCCAGGCACCUUACACAGCGUCCCUAAAUCUAUGCCACCUGCAGGGCUGGCCGGGUCUGGGCCCUGUCACGCCUUUCUCUGUACAGUAGUGCAUCUAUGUACUUGAAGAGCUAAACCAUGUCAGGCAGCCUGGGCCCUGCUUCCCCAACUGUGGCUAGGACGCCCCCAUCUCUUAGUUGUCAUUUUAUUUUCUGUAUAAAAGUGAUGGUCUGUU